AUGUCCUCUUGCAACAAUUCCAUUCCUCAGCCCUCGAUAUUUAUCCUGGCUGGAAUUCCUGGCCUUGAAUCUUUCCAUGGCUGGUUCUCUGUGCCUUUUUUCUUGGUAUGUCUCAUUACAGUCAUUGGCAAUGUCACCAUCUUAUGUAUCACCUGGAUAGAGAAGAGUCUUCAUGAGCCCAUGUUUCUUCUCCUGGCCAUGCUGUCAAUUGUUGACUUGUGCCUUGUCAGUGUCACAGUGCCCCGUAUGCUGGCUACCUUCUGGAUGAAUGCCAAGGAAAUCAGUUUCAAUGGCUGCCUCACACAGAUGUUUUUCAUUCCUUCCUUCUAUGUCAUGGAGUCUGGGAUUCUCCUAGCCAUGGCUUUUGACAGAUUUGCGGCUAUCUGGUACCCUCUAAGAUAUACAACCAUCCUUGGUAACAACAUGCUUGUGAAGAUGGCACCGGCUAUCCUGGCAAGGGCAGUGGCAGUGCUGACCCCAGCCCCCAUUCUGGCAAAAAGACUGCAAAGCUUCCAAACCCCCAUAAUCACUUACUCCUACUGUGCAUAUAUGGCUGUGGUGCAGAUAGCCUGUGAACAUAUCUCUGACCACGUUGUCUAUGGACUCAUGGUUAUUGUAGCAUCUGUGGGAUUUGAUCUGUUUUUUAUCAUUCUGUCAUAUGGACUAAUCCUUCAUGCUGUCUUUCAGAUACCAUCUUGGGAUGCACGGGGCAAAGCUCUCAGUACAUGUGGCUGUCAUCUUUGUGUCAUUAGUCUCUUUUAUUCUCCUGUUGUCUUCUCGGUUCUGGCCCAGAUUUUAGGCUACCAUAUGGCUCCCCAUAUGCAGACCAUCAUUGACAAUCUUUACUUCCUGGUGCCUCCCAUGGUUAACCCCUUGAUUUAUGGGGCCAGGACCAAACAAAUGCGGGAGUGGGUACUGCGGAUCCUUCACUGUUAUGGAGACUAA